AUGAGGCUGUGGAAAAAGGUUUCUGGAACGUUAAAAGACAAAACCAGUCUUUGUAAAACAAGACUCGGUCGUCGUUCAACGUUCCAAAAUCCUGAUAUCGAGAAGGCAGUCAUCAAGGCUACGAGCCAUGAUGAAUCCUACAUCGAUUUCCGCCACACCCAAUGUGUCUUUUCAUGGAUCCGUGUUUCUGAUCAUUAUCUUUCGCCUGUGUUGUGGGCUGUCUCUAACAGAUUGGAGAAAACCCACAACUGGGUGGUGGCUUUGAAAGGCCUCAUGCUUAUACAUGGCAUUUUCUGUUGCAAUGUUCCUGUUGUACAAACGAUCGGACGAUUACCAUUUGACCUAUCAAAUUUCAAACACGGGUACUCUGGAAGUGCUAAGAGAUGGAGUUUUGAGGCGUUUAUCCGUGCUUACUACGGUUUCCUCGAGCAGAAAUCGAUGUUUUUAUUACAUUAUUCCAAACAACUAUUUAAAGAUCAAAAUAAGAGCAAAAGAUCUGUCAUACUACAAGAUCUUGUUUGUUUGCAAAAUAUCCAACAUUUGCUUGACAUUUUGCUCAAAAUCAAACCACGAUACGCAGCAAAAUCAAACAUGCUUGUUCUAGUAGCAAUGGAUUGUCUCGUGGUUGAGAGUUUUGAUAUUUAUAGGUACAUAUGUAAUGGGAUCACUUCCAUUCUUGAUAGAAUUGAUUCAGGUAGGAUAACAGAAGCCAAAAUAAUGUUAAGCAUUCUUGAAAAAGCAACGGCUCAAGGCGAAAAAGUGACUCAAUAUCUAGACUUUUGUAGAAACAUGGGUGUCAUAAGUGCAUCCGAAUGUCCUAAAAUCCGGCAUAUAUCCUUGAUAGAUAUUCAAGAUCUUGAAAACUUUAUAAAGUUUGUGGAAGAAGAGCCAAAACAUGUGAUUAUGGAGAAGACAUCAAUGACAGAACCCCAUGAAAGUGAUGAUCCGAGAAGUGGUUUGAAGACGAUCAUCACGGAAGAAUGGGUGGUGUUUGAGGAAGAUGAUAAGAAACCAUAUCAAGAAUUACCAUUUAUCAGUUUAGAUUUCCCCAUGGAAACUAGAAUGCACAACACAAACCCUUUUCUUGAUCAAUGUCACACGUAUGAAUUGCCCGAUUUGAUUACUUUCUGA